AUCAGGACCGCUGAUGACGGUCGCCUGCGCUGGCUGACGUACGCUCCUCUCUCUCGCUCGAUCUUCGCCUCGUUAUUCAUCAUUUACAGUAGAUCGCCCUCCGGGGCUCCUUAUCGCAGAUAUUCUCUCGUUGAUACGCAGACGACGGUGAGGUGCCAAUUAUUUACAAAAUAAUAAGCAAGGCGUAAGACAACUAUACAACUAAUUAAUAAGCCCUGGAGGAUCUUGGCGCUCGGACGGCUCGCAUUCCAGGAUUCAUCCGGAAUUUGCAAUUUUUGUGGCGGAAAGGAGGAGCGGCGCGACUACCACGUCACAAUGUAUAUUGCAUUUGUAAGGCGAUUUUUGGCGAUCGUUUGGUAUAUGUACCAAGGUUGGCACUGGUAGAGGCGGAGCUUAUUGUGGUACAUGUACCGCAAGUAUUACGAUAAAAUGUACUGGUUCUUUUCUAUACGCGCGAAUUUGAAACUGUUCAAAAAGAGUUUCUUGAAUACAUGUUUAUAUAGGUUUAUGAAUGAAAUAUUUGAAGAAGAUGAAACACCUUUAGUAGAAACAUAUCAAUUAUUUCAUCAAAGAAAUAAAACAAAAAAAUUAAGAAAUUAUAUCACAAUAAAUGGAAGACAAUCUCAUACUCGUCCGGGAUUAUAUUCCGAAAUUUGGGUGGAUUUAUACAUUGAGAUAGAUUUUUUCCUUAUUUUUCGAUUAAAACGCUUAACAUUUCACAAUUUAUUACAACUAAUAAUACGGCAACAAGAAAUACAAAAGACAUUUACUGGAGGAUUUGAACCUGUCCAGCCACAAAAAAUUCAACAAAUAGCUUUAUAUUAUUUGGCACAUCAAGUAUCUAUGGCACAAAUUGGGGACAAAUUUAAUGUGNCAACAUCAACUGUUUUUCAUUGCAUUAAUAUUUGGAUAAAAUGCAUGGUAAAGAUUGUACCAAUAGUAAUACAAUGGCCUACUGUAAAUCAGCGANUCAAUAUACAAGAAAAAUUUAAGAAUAUUGCAGGUUUUCCAGGUGUAAUUGGAGCGAUUGAUGGUUGUCACAUAAAUGUUAUAGCACCAAGUAUUCAUCAAAGAUGUUAUCAAAAUAGAUAUAUGACACAUUCAAUAAUAUGUAAAGAUGAUAGUAUAAAGCUUCGAGAAAUUUCAAAUAAAUAAUGAAUCUUGGCUAUUGAAGCAAUAACACUGUUGUUAGAGUGUAUGUGAUUAAAUCCGUAUAUUAUACAAUUAAAUAAUUAAAUAAGCAUGAACGCUUUCGACCUGGGUUCUCCCCUCUCUCCGAUUCUUGCAGACAUUUUUAUGCAAGAUUUGGAAAUAUCCAUUCUUAAAUCUCUUUCCUUCCGUCCACCUUUAUAUGUAAGAUACGUUGAUGACAUAGCUCUUAUGGUUCCUAAAGAGCAAUUUGUUGCAGUUUUAAAUCUGUACAAUAAUUAUCAUCCACGUCUUCAGUUCACUUUGGAGGUGGGUGGUGAUAGACUCAAUUUUUUGGACAUGACUAUUAUUAAAGAUAAUAAUAAAUUAAUACAUGACUGGUAUCACAAGCCAACGUUUUCUGGUAGAUACCUUAACU